ACCGAGUGACUCCCUCUGGUCUCCAUCUUCUAAUAUAGGUCUUCCUACUCCCUUUCAGAGCCCCUCCUGGAUCUCGGCCGGCUCACCGUUUUGGACUGCAGAGGAAGGAAGUGCCGAUACUUACAGGAGUCCCAGGAGACAGUCUGCCAUGUCCCCCAAUUGUGAGGUGUUGACGUUUAAGGAUCGGGGUAUACUGGACACGCUUAAGACACAACUCCGGAACCAGCUAAUUCAUGGAUUGAGGCAUCCCAUAUUGAAUGGACAAGUGAAGCCCCAGUCCACUGCAGUGGAAGGAAGUGCCCUCCUAAUAGGUGCUUCUGACUCCCUAGUGGCAGAUCACUUACAAAGAUGUGGCUAUGAAUAUUCACUUUCUGUUUUCUUUCUGGAAAGUGGUUUGGCAAAAGAAAAGGUAUUUACCAUGCAGGAUCUAUUACAGCUCAUUAGAAUCAAACCCUCAUCCAGUCUCUACAAAUCAGUGGUUUCAGGAUUUGAUAAAGAAAACCAAAAAGGUUUUCUCAUGAGUUUUUUUAAAAAAUUGACAGAAUAUCAUCAGUCUAAAGAGAGUUGUGAUGUGGAAACACAGACAAGCUCAACACUUCCUCACAAAGUAUCUCUUGCUGAGAAGUUUCAGCUUAUUGAUGACCAGUUUGCGGAUACUUAUCCUCAGCGCUGCAAGCUAAAAUCUUUAGAGACAAAGUUAAAUGAAUAUAGGAAAGAAAUAAAGCAGCAACUUCACAUAGAAAUGUGUCAAAAGUUAAAGGUUUUUAGAGAAAGUGAAAUAGCCAAAAUUAAGAUGGAAGAGAAAAAGAAAUAUGAACAAGAAUUGGCUGAGUUCCGGAGUGAAUUUGAGAGAACUUGUCAAGCAAAGACCGAAGCCCUCCUUUCUCAGGAAAAGAAUACUCUUGAAAGAAUUAAAAAGCACCGAGAGAUUGAAAUGAAGGAAAUUUAUGCUCAGAGGCAGCUCCUACUUAACAAUAUAGAUGUGCUCAGAGGUAGAGAAGCGGAGCUGAAGGAAAGAAUUGAAGCUUUUGAAUUGACACAGAAGCUCCAAGAAGAAAACAAUAAAAGCGCUACCGAAGCACUUAGGAAACGGGAGCAGAAUCUAAAGAGCAUUGAAGAGACCUAUGAUCAAAAGCUCAAAACUGAACUUCUAAAGUACCAGCUGGAACUGAAGGAUGACUACAUUGCUAGAACGAAUAAACUGCUGGAAGAUGAAAGGAAGAAUACAGGUGAUGGGGUGGCUACCCAAUUUUUAAGUUCUGAUAAGGGUUAUUUAUGUAGACCAGGCUGGCCUCACCUGCCUCUUAUCUCCCAAAUGCUGAGAUUAAAGCUGGAGCUAGAGUCUGUCAAAGUACAGUUUUUGGCAAUGUCCAAACAAAACCACUUGCUGAAUGAAAAGGUGAAUGAGAUGAGUGAUUACUGUCUACUGAAAGAAGACAAAGUGGAGCUUCAGACACAAAAUAAAUUACUUAAAAAGCAACUGGAAGAGACGAGAAAUGAAAACUUACGUCUCCUAGACCGUAUAACUCAGCCACCUCCUGAGCUUUUGGCUUUUCACAAAGAGUUACAGAAAGCAGAAAAUGCUCUAGCACUUGGACACAAGGAGUUUGAAGUUCAUAAGCAAGCUCUACAAAAACAGCUGCAAAGCGAAAUUAAACAUUCUACACAGCUAAAGGCCCAGAUAUUAGAAUAUGAUACUUCUGUAAAAAGGCUAACCACUGAGGUUGCUGAUAUAAAAUCACAACUAAAACACACUCAGACAGCCCUAGAGAAUGAAGUGUUCCGCAAUCCAAAGCAGUCUCUGACCCUGCAUUCCCUGAGUGGCCUAGGGACUGGCAAGAUGGUGCCUCACAGUGGUGAUACAAGUGGGGAUUUCUUGAACAUGCCCCUUGAACAGAACAGGGAUAUGGCAAGUGCAGUUAUGUCAAGGAUUCCAUCCUAUACAAAUGCAGCGACAGAGGCGAGUUCCCCAGACUCUGAUAUUGAGUUUGUAGCCAAUACUAAGGCCAAGGUAAGAGAGCUAGAGCAAGAGGCUGAACGCUUGGAAAAAGCUUUCAGAAAUUAUCAUCGAAGGGUUAUUCAGAACCCCACUGGGAGUCCACAACCAGCAAAGAGUCCAUCAUCCACGUGCUCAUUAGGAGUUCUCAAAAGCAUUGCUUCCGGUUCCAUAGAUAGACAUAUUUGUGCAGAGGACAGAGUUGUCUCUGAGCAGCCUCUUCUGGGUAUGCUGAAAGACGAAAAGAGUGACGUCUCCAAAGCCUUCACGGGCAAUAUGGCUCCACAGACACCGUACAGAAGUUCCUCUACAUGCCUGUCAUCCACGCCCCAUCCAAAAUCAAGAAGAAGCCUUGAUAAGGAAAUGUAUCUGGAAGGUUUGGGCAGGUCAUACGCUGCUUCUUCUAGCCCUUGUCAUGGUGCUUCCUCCAGUUCUUGUCCUGACAGAACAACAGUCCAGCCAUCACCUGUUGCAUCCAGGCACAGCUUCUCUGGUCCUUCCUUCUCCAGUGCUCCAGAGCAGAAUGCCCAUCUUUAUCAGAGACAUGCUGAAACUCAAGACUGAAGUAAAUUUUCAAACAUGCCCGACAGGCAGUCUGUGGAUGAUAAUGAGGAACCUGAACCAUCUUUCAGGUGUGCUGAUCCAAGCCAAACUGGAGAACAAAUGAACGAAGAACAGUUGUGGGAACUCCACGUGAGAGAGCGAAGGCAAAGAGAAGAGCAAAGGCAGAAUGAACGGCAUGAAGCACUAGAGAGGGAGAGAAGAGAACUGGAAAAACUGGAGCAUGAGAGGAGGAUGAUUAAAGAAUCACUGAAGAUUGAAAUGGAAGAAUUAGAAAAAAGUGCUCAAGAAAAGAGAGACAAAUCGACACAUGGUGAAAAUCCUUUAGAGAAAUACAUGAGAAUCAUCCAGCAGGAAGGGGAGCAGACAAGUGCAGAUAAGAGCUCGAAAGAAUCAGGCAAAGAAUGCUCACUAGCGGACACGCUAGCACCUAGUGACAAGGAUAAAAGCCUUUCUCAUGAAGACCCAGAUGACAUGUGGUAAUCACGUUAUCUGUACAGCUUACAUACAACAUAAAGUCAAGAAAUGUGUUAUUUUGUUUCUCUUUAAUCAUAAUUGUUAAUAAAAAUUUUGUGUAAUCUAG